UUUCGGCUCGUGUGAGCGGUACCACGCUUCUCGUCUCGUGUGCAUCGUCCGUCCGUGAGUGUUGUGGUGCGUGACUGUGCGUGACAUCGGUGGUGUGACAACGCUGAUAGAAUGGUGGAAGAAGAAGCAAUCUGCUGAAGUCGUGGGGGGCCAGGACGGACACGCCAGCGUGCUCGGUAUGAGGCACAGCGCUCAGUGGGAGUGCCAUGGUCCAUAGCCCGCUUUCGAAGGCGCACGACUCCGCUGGUAGACACAACAGCACCAAUCUGCCUGAUUCGGAAAGAGGUUCCCCGACGCGCUCUCCUUCGAGUCCACUGGACUAUCGCUGCCACGCAAGCCCGUCCCGACCGCCGCAGUCUCCAAGACACGUCAUGGGCCUGUCCGAACGAAACGCCGAUCUCCCGUGCGCCAACGAAGGGCCUCAGCUUUCUCCCGUGGCUCACUCACGAACGGCCAACGAGUCCAUCUGCCAUAGGAUGACUUCUGCUCCUGGAAGUCGCCGCUUCGAUGCACCGCAAGACCGGGGUCGCAUGGACCACAUGCAGGUCGCGGCCAACGCAACGACGAAUCACCACAUGUCUUCCGGGAGACCCCCGCCCCAGACGUCGAUGCUGAUGAGGUCGGAGAGCCCUCAGGAUGUGAACGACGAUUUUCCAAAGAGAAAACAGCGGAGGUAUAGGACGACGUUCACCAGCUACCAGCUGGAAGAGCUGGAGAAGGCUUUCUCCAGGACGCAUUACCCGGAUGUUUUCACGCGGGAAGAACUGGCAAUGAGAGUAGACCUCACAGAAGCAAGGGUUCAGGUAUGGUUCCAGAACCGACGAGCAAAGUGGCGAAAGCAAGAAAAGGCCACCGGCAACGCCGUGCAGAGUCAAGGCUACAACCCGUAUUCCACGGCGCAAUCGCUCAACUCGACCACCUCUCCCAUGGCUCCGCCUCACCACAGCCAGAACAUGGCGGCCGCGGCAGCGGCUGCCGCUGCCUUCGGGAGCUUCUACGCCAGGAAGCCCUCUGCGCCAGAUUCGACGCUCAUGAACCCGGCUCGGCUGUCUCCGUACCUCGGUGCAUCGGGUGUUCCUCUUCUACCUCCUGGACACGCCUUCUUCCCGUUCUCGCCGUUUGCACCCUUCUUACCGCCGUCCCUGCCGCUAUACCAAACACCGGCGCCAUUUCAAAACUGGCUGGCAACGUUAUCGGCGCACAGCCGUCAACAACGAAACGAUAUUGGUCCACCUGAAGUGGUACCUACUCCGACAGCAGCGCCACCGUCCCCACCGCCAGCCGUGGUGUCACCGCCACGACCUCCCGUCGCCGCUGCGCCUCCGUCGCCGUUGCCACCACUUGUGCUACAGCCACCCAUGCCUCCGUCAUCCACGAGUCCUGGAAGGUCCGUGUCGUCUUCCAGUGUCUCUCCUGGAGUGUCCAGCUUAUCACCAUCGGCGUCUCCUCCUAGCGGAGACCGCAGAAGUUCCAGCAUCGCAGCGCUAAGGAUGAAAGCCAGAGAACACGAAAUACAGCUGGAGAUCAUGCGAAAGGCAAACGGAGAAAUUGCCAGCUAACUGACGUCGACGACAAUGGUUAGUCAAGUGUGUUCGACUAUAGUGGAACUCUCGGACAGACGGCUCAAAAGCGGUGUACUGUGCUAUACUAUAAUUAACGACCCAAAAAGCUUCAUGGAGGCAGUCGAUCAGGCUAAUAUACAUCGUCAUAUGUGGCCAACGGACUAGACAAUGAAGGAGUAUGCAACUCAGCAUGUUGGUUUCCUAUGCAAAUUGCAGCUGGACUACCCGGUUACUCAGCUGAUCACCCGAUACACAACGCCCAGGAGGCUCUUACGUUGUGCCUUUCACUCGUAUUCUUAUCUUUUGCGUAUCCUCCACGAAACGUGAGACGCCCUUCAAUCGACGGACAUUAGAACAACGUUCAUUCAGAGUCAGCAAAUUCGUCUUGAAGGCAUUGAUACAUUUUGAGCUAAUUAAGCGAGCCAUCGCAGACUAAUCGACUGGAACGCAUGCAAACAUCUACAUCAUUGCCCAUACCAGGCGGUCUCCGUGUCUGGGAAAGAAGCCCGAGGCGAAACGUGCAGGAGCACUUUGACGGGACAAUUAGAGCAAAGAAUCUGCCCGAGUCUUCUCAUCUAUAUACGAAGUCACAUCAAGAAAGAAUCAUCACCAGUGUCGUUUGGACCCAUACUUAGGUGCCUGAUAAGAACAUCCAGGCUCUCAUGUGAUUGCGUGGCGCCAAAAGAUAAUUAUGCAUCGAGAUGUAUUGUGCCCGAUAACAGACGUUUUUUUUUUGUUUUUUUUUUCGUGAAGUCUCAACUCCUACCUCCAUACCGGGACACAAGUCCCAACGAAACAAAAAUUGUGUACGCUGAGAUGUCAGUACACUGUAUCACGCAUUCAGGGCAGGAUGAGUAGAAUGUAUAGGGUGUAUUCACCUACGUCACGUUGUGACGUGGCAUGCGCGUAGGUUCCUCCCCCUGGUGGUCACUUUUCGUGGUAGCGGUAAUGAAAGAUGACAAACUGCUCGAUUUUUUAAUGCUGCAAGCAUAGUUUUCGUUAAAAAAACACAAAGAAAACGUGAGAACGACAAUGACGAAGUGUCUUCGGGAUAUUAGAAGGGGAUGGGGAUAAAAGAUAGGGAAGUAGAUGGGGAAGGGGAUAUGGCCAAUCUCCCUUAGUGGCUCACAGCCAUCUUUUGAUUGGACGAAGGAGAAGGAGAGGAUAGACGCGACCGGAUUUCAAAACACCGUUCUAUGGGCUUCGUUUUCGAGCAAACGCUAGAUCAUCUCCGCAGCUGCGCCGAAAAAGUGACCACCACCAAUGCGGCAAACGCGGUCGUUUGACGUCAUGUGAAUACACCCUACAAUAACGCACAAUCAUUUUGAAUUAUUUUUGGUAAAAAAAAAAUACAGCGAUGCUCGAAUGCAGUAAAUCGUCAUGUGCCUUUCAAUACGUUUGGGACCAUCUUCACCGCGCGACGGGGUGUGAAGUUCACGUUUUGAUGUCUUGAAACUGCUGGACAAUCUUGACAGCCAGGAUACUUGAGCCCCAAAAAGAUCCUCAGUCAAAGCUUCAUGGUGUAUGUAGAGAAGCAUCCCUGCGCCAUUUGUUGAGGACGCGUCGGCUUGUAAGGUUAUUUAUUUUUUGCGUAUGCAACGGAACAGAAAUUACAAGAACAUCUUCAACUCUGUGAUAUGCUAUACGAUCCAGGAUCUGUUUCAAGUGUGUCGUUUGCACGUUGUUUGAAGAUAGACAGUCUCUGAACUGCUUACGGAAUCUCAAGGAUGCGCAAUGUCGUCCAACACCAAAGCUGUUUCGAACUUAAACGGCUACGUACUAUGUGGCCAUCUCCCUGCUGUAGUACUUGCCAUGCAAGAUGAGAAGGUGACCACUUACGUUUGGGUCAUACUGGUGUCGUAUACCGCAGUCGCAAUCGUAUUCCCUCCGUUCGAAAAACACAAUCAAAGCUACACCAAAGUAAAAUACACAAGUGUUCAAGCAUACACUUGUUCACGAUACAGUGACUUUUGACUGACUACUAGAAAAGGGUGCCGUGAUUUUUGGGCCAAUUGAUUCUUUGUAUUGCCUGGUAGCAAACUUCAGCUCGUCAUCUUGUUCUGACACAGCUCAGUCCUCCUUUGUUUCUGAAUCUCGUACAAGGAGGCAAUAACCGCAUAGAAAGUGCCUGGUACAUGGUAUCACGUCAACUGACCUGAUGUACAUAUUUAACCACACAGUGGUCUUAUUUACCUAUUUAUAUGCAACUAUUUCGGGUACACUCGCCUCUGUACAUAUGCAUGUUUCGUACCACACAGACUCCAGCCUACUCUACAUUCCAGGGAGUGUGACUUUGGGUUUUGCUAUCUCAAUACUUGUGCAAUUGACAGAGUGGAUGAUUCUUUGGAUCAUAUUUCGUCGGGACGAAUAAAGCUAUAUGAGUAUUUUACAA